GAUUACAGACUCCAGGCAGCAAGGGCUUACUGGUCUCAAGCUGAAAGUGCCCAGCCUGCUGAGAUUUACAUCCAGUCCUGAAGAGGGGCAGAGCCUGACUUUCUGAAGGUCUCUUGCAUUGCUCACAUACUGCACAGCAAGGGGGAAGCAUGGCCACAUUAGCCAAUUUGACCCAGACACUGGAGGAUGCCUUCAAAAAGAUUUUUAUUACUUAUAUGGACAGCUGGAGGAGGAACACGACAGCCGAGGAGCAGGCACUCCAGGCCAGAGUGGAUGCUGAGAACUUCUACUAUGUCAUCCUGUACCUCAUGGUGAUGAUCGGCAUGUUCUCGUUCAUCGUGGUGGCCAUCCUGGUGAGCACGGUGAAGUCGAAGCGGCGGGAGCACUCCCAGGACCCAUACCACCAGUACAUCGUGGAGGAUUGGCAGGAGAAGUACAAAAGUCAGAUCCUGCAUCUGGAAGACUCCAAGGCCACCAUCCAUGAGAACAUGGGGGCGACAGGGUUCACAGUGUCACCCUGAUAAAGAAUGGGGGCCCGUCUGGCUCAGACAGGGUGCUGCUGCUGCCUCGAGAGCCCCACUUGUGCUUGCUCAGAAAACAGCUAGUUCCUCUGUGCAGCCUGGCUGGCAGUUGACACAGUGACAUUUCUAUCUCAGUGGCUUAGGUGAGCCUGUUAGGGUGAUACUUUAUGCUAAGGAUCUCUUUUUUCAUCUAUUAUGCAAUGUAAAUGUCAUUUUAAACAAUUUCAAUCACGAGAACAGAGGCAAACAUGAAGCAAGGGGCAGGGGCAGUGGGAAUAGGGAAUAGAGAGCAGAGAUUUACAGUUUUCAACCUUCCUUCUCAUGAAAUAUUAGUUUGGAUGUAGCAGAUUCAGUUUAUGAGUAAGUCACACGUGUUCAGAAGCGGGGGUUUAAAUCUCUCUCGGGCUUGCUGAACUGACAGGAGAGCAUUUACUUACCGAUUUAUGAAUGGGCAGCGAGCCCGAGGUGGUCAAUGGACAGAAUCGUGGGUUAUUUUGCAUUCAUAGCUUUCCUGGUAUUUAACUGAGUUGGACGUCUGGACAGAACAGACUCUGAAAGGACAAAUAGCCCACACCAGAAGCAGCAAAUAGUCAAGAGCCCCCGUGCAGCCAAACGCACUUUUAACUUUUUAUAGAAACUCAAACUCUAAAAGCUCUCUGGCUUGAAAAAGUAUGGCCUUUCUUCCUAAACAUCAUACUCUUUAUUUAAUUUUAGAUCCGCUUUAUAGCUUAUUUUCACACAUAUCUGACAAGAUGGAAGCUACAGAACACCCCACUAGAUGUUUGAUGCAAGCUAGACAGUGACUACUUAGUCCUUUGCACCACAGGCAGGGUGCUGGAGAGAUGUUGGUCAAAGGCUACAAAUUUUAAUGGGGCUGGGGAUGUACACCCAUAACCCAACCCUCAGGAGACUGAGGUGGGAGGGGCUAGCUGAGGUUCCAAGCCAUUCUAGACCCAUUGCACUGCAAGGUCAGUAACAUACCUUUUGGUCUUAAAAACUGAUAACUGAGAGGAUAGUAAGUAUCCUAACCACAUAACAGUAGCUAUGUGGGAUGAUACGUUAGUCAUUCCACAAUGUGUAUAUGCUUCAACGCCAUGUUGUGUGUGUAAUACAAUGUAGCCUGUCCUUAGGAAAAUAAAAUGAAUAUUUUACAC